UCAUAGAAGUGGUAAAGGAGGUGCUGAAGGUACGUCCGGACUUUGCAUGGAAGAAGGACCAGCGCCAUGGCUUCACGCCUUUACACAUCUCUUGCAUGAAAGGCCACCGAGAUAUCACCAGAGAGCUCCUCCGGCUGGACAACGACCUCUCCUCCUUACAAGACAAUGACGGCCGCACGCCUCUCCAUUGGGCGGCCAUUAAAGGUCGAGUCAAUAUUCUCGACGAGAUACUCUCCGAGAACCUCGAGCCGGCUGAGAUGAUCACCGAACAUGGCGAGACAGUUCUGCACCUUGCUGUGAAGAAUAACCAAUAUGAUGCGGUUCGCUACCUUGUGGACAACAUUAACACCUCAAAACUGGUGAAUUUACCGGAUCACGAUGGCGACACCGUCUUGCAUUUAGCCACCGCCGGAAAACUUAACACGAUGGUGGGCUAUCUUCUCAAGCUGGGGGUGGAUGUAAAUGCACUGAACCGGAAAGGAUACACUGCUCUGGACGUUGUGGAGACGAGCGGGGGCUCUUCUGGUUCUCUGAUGAUAUUCCCGGCAUUGAGAGAAGCAGGGGCGAAGAGAUGCGACGAGUUGCUGCCGGGUGCAACACCGGAUAUACAACAAAUUCAGGAUAUACAACAAAUUCAGGAUAACAGCCCCAACAUCAAUAGUCCAAUCUCAUGGCCCAAAAGAUCAGUCGAGACUCCGACCCAGAAUCACCGCCGCCGCCACCGUCGCCGCCGAGAAAAGCAGCUCGAGAUUCAAAACGAGGGUUUGCGGAACGCGCGCAACACGAUUACUGUUGUGGCGGUUUUAAUCGCUACGGUUACAUUCGCCGCCGGAAUAAACCCUCCGGGAGGGUUUAACCAGACUACUGGAAAAAGCAUCAUGGGCAGGGAAACCUCUUUUAAGGUCUUUACCGUCUGCAACAUCGUGGCUCUGUUCUUAUCCCUAGGAAUAGUCAUAUUCCUCCUAAGCAUCAUUCCUUUCCGGCGAAAACCCAUGAUGAUAUUACUGUCGGUGACGCAUAAGGUGAUGUGGGUGUCGACGUCGUUCAUGGCGGCAGCUUAUAUUGCUGCUACAUGGACAAUUCUGCCGGGUGGAUGGGGUUCUGUGUGGGUGUUGGUAGCGGUGGUAUCAAUCGGCGGCGGCUGCACGUUGGCGAUUUUCGUCGGGUUGGGGGUCAUACUGGCGAGGCAUUUGCUUAGAAAAUGGGAAUGGAGAAAAAAGAAUGCAAAGGAUGUCAGCCCAAGGAGUAACAUCAGUCGCGUUGAAGAGAUGCGGAUGAUGAGAAAAGGCACUCAGGAAUCCACCAGUAACUCCGAUCUCGACAGCUCCGAUCAAGGCUACCACCCAUUCUAGCACUCUCAUAUGAGAUAAAUCCAAAAUUCCAUGAUUUGUUUAAGAUGGUGAUUCGUCUAGUGCAAAACAGGGGAAGCAACCACCUUAGGACAUCUUUCGCCUAUUCUCAUAGGGCAUAUUUCAGUUGUUAAAUACAAUUUAAGUAGCUUAAAGAAAGAAACCAUCAAAUGACAUCAAGCAAGCAACAAGAUGAUUAUGUUGUUGCUUGAUUAAGAUUACAAUUAGAUAGUGUCAAGAAUUUAUUAAAGGUAUGUUUGGUUUGAAAGAAACAAAAAUGAGAGGAGGGAAAAUUUUUUUGUUCAAUUAAAUUAACAUUGCAUGU